CGCGGGGCCAGCAGCCCUCCAAGGACUGCGGGGCCAGCGCGGCGCUGGGCUUCUCUGCCGCCGCAUCUGAGCUGUCCCGCGGGCUGGGCAUGGGCGCGGGCGCCGGUGCGGCACGAUGAGCACCGGGGGCAGCCCGGUCCGCGCCUAUGAUUUCCUGCUCAAGUUCCUGCUGGUGGGCGACAGCGACGUGGGCAAGGGCGAGAUCCUGGCGAGCCUGCAGGACGGUGCGGCCGAGUCCCCGUACGGCCACCCCGCGGGCAUCGACUACAAGACCACCACCAUCCUGCUGGACGGCCGGCGGGUGAAGCUGCAGCUCUGGGAUACGUCGGGUCAGGGAAGAUUUUGUACCAUAUUCCGCUCCUACUCUCGGGGCGCACAGGGGGUGAUCCUGGUCUACGACAUCGCAAACCGCUGGUCCUUUGAUGGCAUCGACCGGUGGAUUAAGGAGAUCAAUGAGCACGCCCCGGGGGUCCCUAAAAUCCUGGUGGGGAACCGCCUGCACCUGGCCUUCAAGCGGCAGGUCCCCACGGAACAGGCCCAGGCCUAUGCGGAGCGCCUGGGUGUGACAUUCUUCGAGGUCAGCCCGCUGUGCAAUUUCAACAUCACUGAGUCCUUUAUGGAGCUGGCCAGGAUCGUGCUGCUGCGGCAUGGGAUGGACCGGCUCUGGAGGCCAAGCAAGGUACUGAGCUUGCAGGACCUGUGCUGCCGGGCAGUGGUGUCCUGCACGCCCGUGCACCUGGUGGACAGGCUGCCGCUGCCCACGGCCCUCAGGAGCCACCUCAAGUCCUUCUCGAUGGCCAGCGGCCUGAAUGCCAGGGUGAUGCACGGCCGCCCCUGUUCCCUCACCACCAGCUCCGGCCACAAGAGGACCAGCCUCCGAAAAGCGAAGGCCGCCCACCUUCCCCAGAGCCCCCCAAGACGCUGCACCAGAAACAGCUGCAAAGUCUCCUGAGGAGGGCGCGAGGCAGAGGAGUGGCACGGGUGGGAGGCAGGAGGCCGCUCUGGAUGCAGACACCCGCCAAUGUCACGGUGACCACGCGGCCCUGAGCAAUGAAACUGCGGCCGGUACCCCGCUUACCUGACAUGUCUGCGUGGACAGGCGUGGGGCUCUUGUUUCAGACAUGUGUUUAUAAAGGGACGCCCUUCUCUCGGUAACAUGGAAUUUUGAAGGCUACUUAGAUCAUGAUUGCAGUGCAAUUUUUUUCUUAAAAUAACUGCUUUUUAUAAGAAUGGUGACAGGCGUGUGAUGAGUAUAAAUUCUAGAGAAUGAAAAGCAAGGAUAGAGAGAGAAAUUAGAGUCUUUGACAUUACGCAGGGCCUUUUUGUAAACCUCCUUUUUAAUGUCAAAGCACUAAUUUAUAAAACGCCACAGGUAAGUUAGAGUUUAGGCACAACAGAUCUGUCCAGCUUGUGUAUGAAACGGAUUUGAUCAAGUUUUUGCUAUGUUAUUUACUACGUUUUGGGAUUAAUAAGUGAUUUAUAUGCAUAUUUUUCUGUAAAUCUACAUUUUUUUGUACAAGAUGUUCCAUGAAUUAUGAAGCUAAGGGAAGAAAAUGCCAAAGAUAUCUCUAGUUACAGCGAACAUAGCACAGCACGGUUACACCAGGUCCAGAUCGGCAAGAAAAUGUCACUCAAAGCCUGAAGUUUCAGCUAAGAGUGAAGUGAACACUGUUGUUUAAGAAAAUGUUUCUCAACAAUAAAAAGUAUACUUGCUUCUUGGUA